CAGGCAGGAAGUGAGGUGUCCUUGCGGGGCACGCUGGUUUGCUAGUCGCGAGGCCAGUCAGGCGGAGAAAGGGACCGGGAAAAGGAAGAAGAGCAGUGGCAGCAUGACAGCCGCGGCGCCGGAGUGAAUGCAGCGGGCUGCUCCGGGGACGGGUGGGCUUGGCAGGCAGGAUAUACCACAACUCAACUGGGAACAAACUUGUAAUGUUACUGAAGAGGACGCAUAGAAGAAACUUCCUGAUGAUCAUUGACUGACAGCUGUGCCUGAUGUGGUUUAGUGGACAUCUCAUUAGUUGGAACAACUUGUUCAAUAUUUCUUUAUUUGAUUUACCAGGAUCUAAAAGAUGGAUUAUUUUCGGGCCUGCACGUUGCUUUUUACACUGAUAUUAUCAAGAGGCGUCACGUCUGACAUGGAGAAGAUGAAUCCAGAUUCGGGGUUUGAAAUCUAUAAGAAGUUGUUUGAAGUGAAACGCAAAGACCAGAUGAAUGCCCUGAAGAACCUGAUUGAACUCAAUGAUGUGAACCAACAAUACAAGAUCAUAGACAUCAUGCUCAAGGGCCUUUUCAAAGUCCUUGAAGACUCACGGGCAGUGCUUAUAGCAGCAGAUGUUCCACCAGAUGGGCCAUUUCCUCAGGAUGAAAAGCUAAAGGAUGCAUAUUCCCAUGUGGUAGAGAACACUGCCUUUUUUGGUGAUGUAGUCUUACGCUUUCCAAAGAUAGUACAUCAUUACUUCGAUCGCAACUCCAACUGGCACAACUUAAUCCGUUGGGGGAUCAGCUUCUGUAACCAAACUGGCGUCUUUGACCAAGGAUCCCAUUCACAAGUACUAGGACUGAUGGCCCAAGAGCUGGGGAUUAGUGAGAGAUCUCCAGACUACCGAAAUCCCUUUAAAACUGAUAACUCUGAAUUCUUCCCCAGUGCAGACACAUUCCAGAAGGCUCUCCGGGAAGAAGAGAAGCGAAGGAAGAAAGAGGAGAAACGGAAGGAAAUCCGCAAGGGGCCUCGCAUCUCCCGCUCACAGUCUGAGUUGUAAUGCGGCUGCCACCUGCCCUGUCACUGUGGUUUGUGCUGGUGUUAAUUGAGGCAGCUGGAAAAGAGCAUCCCAGUCCCUUGGUGACCUCAGGAAAAUGCCAGGAAGUUGAAGUUUUGUUUUGUCAAGUCCGGGAGAUUUUAUUUCUUCUUUCAGCAGGACAUUGUCACCUAUUGGACUGAGCUGGGAGAAAGGGCCAAAUGGAGGUGGAGUUUUUGAGCACAGAUUUCCUAGUGGGGAGACUUUUCUGGGUACCUGGAAUGUAUAGAGUUUGUCAGAAACCAUUCUUACAUUUCUGUGUCUUUUUAAAAAUUUGUUUGUUUAUUUCCCAUGGCUUUGCCAAUUAGUAAUCUGAAGGAUGCUGGUUGGGAGGGGAAAGGGAAGGGAAUUUCUCUGGUAUGUUCUGCUUCUAUAGCGAAUAACACAGGACAUAACGUUUUGUGUGAAGUCAAGAGGUCAGUGUGACAUGGGGACAACAUGGUGGGGCUUACAUUGUGAGACUCAUGUUGUAUUAGAGAUACACAUUUUUGGGAAAUACUUCAUGAUAGAGGGUAUUCUUAAACUGCCAUGUGUUGAAAUGUACCCAUGCCUUGGGAUAUAUCAAAGAAGUGUUUUUAAAGUAUCAUGGCUAUCAAAAUCCUUUUUGAUUAAAUGACAUCUUGCUUUUGUCAAAGUGUUCCUCUUUUUCAUCAAAUUGUUUCAUUCCUGAAAAAGGGAGAAAACAAACAAAUUUCGAUCUGGGAAGAUGGUUAGAAAGGGUAUGCAUCAUGGAGGUGUGUCUUAGAAUCAUAGAGUUGGAAGAGACCUCCUGGGCCAUCAGGUCCAACCCCCUGUCAAGAAACGGGAAAAUUGUAUUCAAGUCUUGACUUGAACAAAGAAAGAAAGGCACGAUAGUAGACUGUUUUGCAUCAUGGUUCUGUAUCAACUGGUUUUGUUGGUAUUGGGUCUCGAUGCUGCUCUUAAUGGUCAUAAUGUUGUCAAAAACAGUAUUACCAGCGCUGCACAAGGAUUAAUUGCCGAAAAUGUCAUGAAGUUGAAGACCUCGUUCUCUUUUCUUAUGACAGACUAAUCCGUUUUCCCCACCAAUACUUGGACAUAUCGGUGAUGCAGACUGCCAUAUAAAUUCCUUUGUCCAGUGAUGAAAGCAGGAAACAGUUUUGUCUGUGGCUUCUGACUUUUGACUUUUCGUUACAGUCCCUUCCCUCACUUAAUACUUGCUUUAAUAUGUUGGUGAUGACCCUUAUUUUGAAAUGACAGGAGGACAAGGAAUCAAAUGUACCACUGUUCUAAUACAGAAGAUAAAACAGAGAGUCUGACAAUGUGAUUUUGUUCUCUAUUCUUACCAUUACAAGUAUACUAAAAAAACAUAGCAAUUGGGUAUUCCUCUUCCAGUCAGUGGAAUUUUGAGGAUGCGUUCUUGCUAAUCUACUACCUUAUUGUUCCAGAAAAAAACUGAUUUUUUUCUUGACCUUCCAGCUAUUUCAUGUUGGCUUCUUCCUAGAGCAGUGGUUCUCAACCUGGGGUCCUCAGAUGUUUUUGGCCUAAAACUCCCAGAAAUCCCAGCCAGUUUACCAGCUGUUAGGGUUUCUGAGAGUUGAAGGCUAAAACUUCUGGGGACCCACAGGUUGAGAACCACUGUCCUAGAGCUACGCAGUUAAGCUUUCAAUUAUGCUAUUGCAGUGGUUCUCAACCUGUGGGUCCCCAGAUGUUUUUGGCUUUCAACUCCCAGAAAUCCUAACAGCUGGUAAACUGGCUGGGAUUUCUGAGAGUUGUAGGCCAAAACACCUGGGGACCCACAGGUUGAGAACCACUGUACUAUUGGCUUUAUAUUAGAGAAAGACUGACGUUGGCCAUAGUCAAUGCUCUCUUUCCAUUUCAUAUUUCUCCACUGAUGAGUUGAAUUGUGGAUUCACACAUUAACACAUGAGCACACUCUGGGCAUUUGGCCCCAAAAUGACACUGUUUUGGCACAAUGGGUAGCUUUUGUCCAGGACUGGAAUUGAUCCAGACCAAGAAAAAUCUCAAAAUUCAGAUGACUGGGGCAUCGUACUUCCCCAUCCUGUAUGACCACUUGCUGUGCUAUCACUAGGCACACAUGUUACUUCUAUCAAGGCCAGUUUUGGAAAAAAAUUUAUUUUCAGGCCUUGAAUGAAUUGCACAGCUGUCUAGGGUAGCUUGCUUUUGCCAAUGGAAGAUUAUUUUGUGGGGAAGGAGGGUAUUUCUGUGGAUGCUGCAGAUUUCGAUGUGCUGCCUUCAGGCUGUUUACAAGGCUAAAGAUGGAGAUUACUUUUAUUUUCUAUGAAGAGAGAUGGUUACGCUUUGUUUGUUUUUCCGAUAUGUAUUUAAACUGGAAAUUAACUUUGCGUUUCUUGAAUAAAAUUGAACGUUUUAAAAACCCA